CACCCAACUCCAACCACCUUAAGUAUCUUUUUGUUAUCACUAAACAAAAUAAAAAAUGGUCCAGAGGAACAACAAAUUACUUCUUCUCGCUAUAUUCAUGGGAAUUAUUAACUUUUCUCAAGCCCAAAACUCGCCACAAGACUUUGUUAAUGCCCAUAAUCGAGCUCGAGCUCAAGUUGGUGUAGGGCCCAUGACAUGGGACAGUCGUGUGGCUAGUUUCGCACAAAAUUAUGCCAAUCAAAGACGGGGUGACUGUCGGAUGAUGCACUCCCAAAACCGUCCCUAUGGUGAAAAUCUUGCCUCUGGUUCAGGGUUUGUCAUGACCGGUGUAGAUGCUGUGAACAUGUGGGUUGGCGAGAAGGCCGAUUAUGAUUAUAAUUCAAACACUUGUGCUCCGAACAAGGUGUGUGGGCAUUAUACUCAAGUUGUUUGGAGCAAUUCGGUUCGUCUUGGUUGUGCAAGGGUUCAAUGCAAUAAUGGUGCAUGGUUCGUGACGUGCAACUAUGAUCCCCCCGGCAACUAUGUUGGGCAAAAACCUUACUGAAGUUGCAUGUAUGAAAUAAUUCGCCCGCACUCACAUGAAGUAUAACUUUCGAGUGCAUGAUUAAAUAAAUCACACUUGAAAUAUAUGUUCAAGUGACUGAUUAAAUAAUUGUAAUAAUUGGAUGGAUGUAAGAAACAUAUGUUAAUAGAUGUUUUUCCAUUCUUUUCCUA